AUGGUGAAUAUGUCUAGUAGUAAUAAUAGCACACCACGUUCAACAAAUCAUACUGAAUCAAAAUCUCAUCAUCAUCAGUGUUCUCUAUCAAAUGCAACAACGGUUUCUGUUACUCAUUCAACUAUUGAUGAUUUUCGUGAAAUAAUACGUGAACAAUCAUUUAUUAUUCCAAAUAAUUCAUCAUCAGAUCAUAAUCAUAUUGAUGUACCUGUUAAAAAAUAUCCUCCAUUACCUGAUAUUGCAGUACCUAAUUCUAGUUCAACAAAUAAUACAUUUUUUCGUACAGAAACAGUUCUAACAACACCAAAACAAAAUCAACCUAAAAAACAAAUGUUUUAUCAUUUUGCACCAACACAACGAGGACAUUUACCGGCACUUAAUAAACGUCAUAUUUUACCAAUCAUGUCUAAUGUUAUGGAUCUUGAUGAAGAUUUACCUCAAUGUAAUACAACUAUAGCACAUAGAGCAGCAACGUAUACAUCACCUAGUGAUCGUUCUAUAUCACCAAUAAAACGUCCAUCUGCUCCAUCACCACCAGCAAGUGCACAAAUAAAGCGACCUGGUCAUAAUGCAUUUGUUUAUGGUCAAGAAGAUCAAGAUGAAGAAGAUGAAGAAAAUUGUUCGAUAUUAGAUGAUGAAGAUAGUCAAUAUUUUAAUGAUCAUUUUUCUCGUUACAAUAAUCAAUCAAUAACAAUGACUAAUCAUCGUAUUGAUCAUUAUAAUAACACUGAUCGUUAUAUAAAUAUGAAUGAUAGACAAAAUACAAUAAUAAUCGAUAGUGGUCAUGAUGAACCUACUCAUCCACUUGAUUCAAUUGAAUUUGAACCGUGA